AUGAAAUACUAUGAUUGUGUUUAUAUUUGGGUACUCUUCUUUCUCUUAAAAAGUGUUGCUUGUUUCGAUUUGGACCCCAAUGAUAAAGAUUCUGUCUAUAAUGGUAUCAAUACAGUAACUAAAGGAAUGCUGAACUAUUAUCAGCCUUCGUCCCACACUUUUACCGCGUAUUGGUGGAUGACGGGAUCUUGUCUCAAUGGAAUGCUAAACACCUAUUCUGGAACGAAGAAUAACAGCAAUAUGGGUAUGGUUGUCGAAUCUAUAUUGGCGAACAAGGGUGAAGAAGAUGAUUUUGCUCCAAACAACGAAAAGUUCAAUCUUGGUAAUGAUGAUCAAGGCAUCUGGGGUAUGACCGGUAUGUCAGCAGCUGAGAUGAAUAUCAAGGACAAUGAAUCAGAUGUUUCUUGGGCUGCCCUUGCGCAAGCAGUUACAAACGAAAUGUCAGAACGAUGGGACAAUUCUUCGUGUAAUGGUGGUAUUCGUUGGCAAAUUUAUACUUUUAACCAAGGUUACAAUUACAAAAAUACCAUUAGUAAUGGUGCUCUAUUCCAAUUGGCGUCUCGCCUUGCCCGUUAUACUCAGAAUGAAACAUACGUGGAGUUAGCUCGCAAAGUAUGGGAUUGGUCUGUAAGUGUGAAUUUUAUAGAUUUGGAUUCGUAUGCAGUAUAUGAUGGAUCGAAAACCGAAACGAAUUGCAGCACAAUCACAAAUGAACAAUGGUCUUAUACAACCGGUGUUUACCUCGCUGGUACCGCCUUUUUGUACAAUUACACAAAUGGAAGCACUGAAUGGAAAGGCCAUAUGGAAGGAUUGCUGAAUCGAACAUUGAAUUAUUACUUUAACAAAGACAAAAUCAUAUACGAGCCCAACUGCGAAAUGUCGAAUACUUGCAAUUAUGAUCAGACUGGUUUUAAAGGUAUGCUCGCCCGUUACCUUAGUUACACCAUGCAACUCGCUCCUUACACCACUGAAACAAUUAUGCCUUAUCUUCAUGCAAGUGCUAAAGCAGCAGCUUUAGCUUGCAGCGGUGGCUAUGAUCGUGUCACUUGUGGAAACAGGUGGACUUGGAACAAUGGUACUUGGGAUGGAAACUACGGACUCGGAGAACAGCUUUCAGCACUCGAAGUUAUUCAGUCAGUUUUAACACCCCAGUAUUCUCCUCUUUUAUCUUUAAAAACUGGUGCCCGUUCAAAAUCCGAUCCUACCGCCGGACAAGAUACCCAUGUGAACUUUUCCAUUCCUGCAGCCACAAAGAGCGAUAAAGGUUGGGCAGGCUUUUUAACAGCUCUUUUUUCAUUUCUUUUCUUACUAUUUUCUUUGUGGUUGUUUUUUUAA